AUGCAGAGGGUCAUCCAGCGGACGACCGCUGCCCGGAAACAGGCGCAGCAGAAAAUCCUCAAGAAUUCCAAGAAGCCAGACCCAGAAACCAAAAGGCAACAGUUCAGGGCGCAGGUCGAGUACAACAAGGCUCUCGCCCAACAGAAGAAAGAUGCAGUCAAAAACCGCCGGGAGGAUUGGAUAAAGGGCCCGCUGGCUCCAAAGCGAGAUUCGGGUCUUGAAGUCUUCUCUUACGGCGGCGUGUCACCACAACUUGUGCAGCCGCCGCCUCUUCCCAAACACAAGCGCCGGAAGCACGUCCUGUUCGCUCCGGGAGACCGAGUCUGUGUUGUCAAUGGCAAAGAAAAGGGCAAAAUCAGCGAGAUCAGCGGGGUUAAAGAAGAGGAAGAUAUGGUGUUUCUCAAAAAUACGAACAUGGCCGACGUUGCUGUCCCCGACUGGAUGCAGACAUCAAUGGGAAUCAAGUCCGACAUUGUCACCAACUCCCUGCCAAUACCCAUUGACGAUAUCCGACAUGUCAUCGCGCUCCAAGACCCUAAGACCGGUCUCAUUGAAGAUUGGAUCGUGGAACACGCAUAUGCCGCCGGGCCCUUUGUCGAACGACACCCAGACAGUACCACUCCGAAAUUUACACGGUAUGUAUUGGGCGAGGAUAUCGAAAUCCCUUGGCCGGUAGAGAAUAUUCCGCCCGCCAAGGACGGACAAUGGGACACUACGCGCAUGGAGGCCGACACCGAUACUUGGGUGCCAUCUUUGGCCCACCCGCCUUUUCCGAGCAGUAUCAUUGAUGAACUGCGCAACAAGUUCUCCAAGUUCCGGACACGUCAUGAUCCAGAAUACGUGAGGCUGAAGGUUGAGGAGGAUUACCGCCGGCAAUACUACGAGAGCCGGACGAUGUUGACGCCCAUUGGGGAAUGGCGGGCAAAGAGGCAGGCAGAGAGUGCAGAAGCGAAGAAGAAUACGCUGGAUGCCGACGGGAAUGUGAUUAUGGACAAGGAGACGAGCGAGUUCAUUGAGAGCUGGAUGGCACGGAAGAAGGAGGGUCAGUCUGCUCAAUAG